UGCAGGGGCCGUGGGGCGGAGUCGCCCAUCUGUCAUUCGAGACGACCCACGUGGGCCGGCUCGGGGGUGGUAGAGAGGGAGGAGAAAAGGCAGAGGCGUCGAAAGAGGCCGGAGUGAGAGCGGGGAGGAGAGAGGAAAGGAGUAGAGAGAAGAGGAGAGAGGGGAGCGCACUAGAGCCCCGGGGAGAGGGAGCGAGGUGCAGAAGAACGAAUAAAGGGGACCUGAGACAUCCAAAGAGGAACAGGGAAAACCAUGGCGUCCGGCAGCCCUGCCGCCAGCGAGGAGGAGCGGAGCCUCCGGGAAUGUGAGCUGUACGUCCAGAAGCACAACAUUCAGGCGCUGCUCAAGGAUUCUAUUGUGCAGUUGUGCACUGCGCGACCCGAGAGGCCCAUGGCAUUCCUGCGGGAGUACUUUGAGAGGUUGGAGAAGGAGGAGGCAAAACAGAUUCAGACUCUGCAGAAAGCAAGCAGUCGGGCAGACUCACGGGAGGAUGAAAUCUCUCCUCCCCCGCCUAACCCAGUGGUUAAGGGCCGCAGGCGACGAGGCGCUAUCAGUGCUGAAGUCUACACGGAGGAAGAUGCUGCAUCCUAUGUUAGAAAGGUUAUACCAAAAGAUUACAAGACAAUGGCUGCUUUAGCCAAAGCCAUUGAAAAGAAUGUGCUGUUUUCACAUCUUGAUGAUAAUGAGAGAAGUGAUAUUUUUGAUGCCAUGUUUCCAGUCUCUUUCAUUGCUGGAGAGACUGUUAUUCAGCAGGGUGAUGAAGGCGAUAACUUCUAUGUGAUUGAUCAAGGAGAGAUGGAUGUCUACGUCAACAAUGAAUGGGCAACUAGUGUUGGGGAAGGAGGGAGCUUUGGAGAACUGGCUUUGAUUUAUGGAACACCUAGAGCAGCCACUGUCAAAGCAAAGACAAACGUGAAGCUGUGGGGUAUUGACCGUGACAGCUAUAGAAGAAUCCUUAUGGGAAGCACGCUGAGAAAGCGGAAGAUGUACGAGGAGUUCCUUAGCAAGGUGUCGAUUUUAGAGUCUCUGGAUAAGUGGGAACGUCUCACAGUGGCUGAUGCGCUGGAACCGGUCCAGUUUGAAGAUGGGCAGAAAAUUGUGGUGCAGGGAGAACCAGGGGAUGAGUUCUUCAUUAUUUUGGAGGGUUCAGCUGCUGUGCUACAACGUCGGUCAGAAAAUGAAGAGUUUGUUGAAGUGGGAAGAUUGGGGCCCUCUGAUUACUUUGGGGAAAUUGCACUGCUGAUGAAUCGUCCUCGCGCUGCCACGGUGGUUGCUCGUGGCCCCUUGAAGUGCGUUAAGCUGGACCGACCUAGAUUCGAACGUGUUCUAGGCCCGUGCUCGGAUAUCCUCAAACGGAACAUCCAGCAGUACAACAGUUUUGUGUCACUGUCUGUCUGAAACCUGCCUCCUGAGCCUCCUUUUCUCCUUUCCCCAGUCCAUGCUUCACUCUUGCAGACAGCUUUAUUUUCCCUCAUUGCAGCGCCAAGUGGGCACUGGCAUCACGGCUUUGUGUCUGUUUAUAUUAAAAGUUGCUUUUCUUGCACCGUUUUUAAUUUGGAGCAUUAAGUGAAUGCUCGUACAUGGUUAAAUAAAUAGAAAGAGUUCUAUGGAGACUUUGCAGUUACUGCUUCUCUUUGUGCAGUGUUAGUGUUCAAUCUGGGCAGUGAGUGCCAUGCUUUUUGGCGAGGCAGAUCCCAGCACCAGAUGAAUUCUCAUAAAGUAAUGAUGUUACAGUGCAAGAUUCUUUUUUUUAAAAGUGACAUAACUUUCCAGAUAUAAGCAUAUUUUAGACUGUGGCCAUAUAUACUGUAUUUCUUUAUAGAAUAAAUGAUUUCUCAUUAAGCUUAAAGGAUUAGGAAAAACGGAUAUAGAAAAAGCUUAGUAGAAAGACAUCUGCCUGUAUUUAAACUAUAAGGGUAGAAAAAUGUCCAUUUUUGAAAAUUAUCAGAUAUGAUCUGUUCAGUUAUUUUUAUUUUUUAACCAGAAUUUUUGUCAGGUCGAUUUGCUAGGUUUUGUUUAUAUCUCAUUAUCAAUGUUUCCUCUCCACUUCUUAAGUUCUGUAGAUGUGCUUAUUUUUACCUGCUUUUUCCGUUUGAAACCACAGCUUAGCUUAUGAUUUGGUUACGAUUUAACUGCAUCUGUCUUUUCUCACAAGUUCUGAUGAGACAUUUAUCCAGCUAGUGCCAAAUGUCGAUCACCAGAUGCUGAAUUGAGACCAAGAUCUGAGGCCUACAUACUUGGUUGUUAACUUAGAGCUUUUGGUGAACGUACAUACUUCAUUUGACUCCAGUGUAAUCUACACUCACUAAACUCUGGCUCCAGGAGAUUGGAUUUGCUGGGAGUAGAAACAGAUGGAACAAACGUCAUGACAGAGAAGUGCUAAAGGAGAAAUGUCAGGUGGACACAGUUCAGUGUCAGGACCUUCGCCCUGUUACAUUCUUUGGGGCAUGAGAUUUAGGAAGAAAUAUUUUAACCUUUUUCCCCCCUCCUUUUUUACAUCAACUAGGAUUUAUGGUGGGUUGGGGAUGGGGUGGGAUGUUUCAUGUUGUUUCACGUUGGUCUGAAAGGCCGUCCUGUGGAAGGUCUGCUUUCCUCUCUAGCAUUUAUUUCCCUAGUAAACUUUAAAAAAAUUUUUUUGAAGUGAAAGUUGUGUUGAGUCUUAACUGUGUUUCAGUAUUUUCCAGCCUUGUGUGUGGUAUUAUUACAUGUGCACCAAUGAUACCCAGCCGUUUAUUUUUUUUCUAAACAAAAUUUCACUGUUCCAUAGUGUAGGCACUUUUAUUUCCACUGUGAUUUAUAUGUAAUGUAGGGGUGUAUUCGGGAGUGACUGCAAGCAUUUUUCCAUCUGUGUGCAACUGGCUCUGAUUAUUAACCUCCUCUCCUGCCCUUCCCAGGUCAUUUAAAUUGCUUGUGGUAGCUUUUCACAGAUUGGCAUACUUCAGGUUGUCUCCAGGUUGGUGUAGAAGUCUGGGGAGGAGGUUUUAUUUACAUUUUAAUGUGGGAGAGAAAGUCACCUUGUUACAAAUGUUUUUAUUUUUCAGGAUAAUCUAUAUGUUGAAUGAGGGCUUUCUGAUCUGUACUUUGUGUUUAGCUGCUCUUUUUAUAUUUAAAAAGCGAAAAAUAAAAAUUGUUCUUAUUAGCUUAAAGCUCAAUUUGAUCUUUGUUUAAAUGCCAAAAAUGUACUUAAUCGAGUUAUUUAGAAUGCCAUAAAAUUGCACAGUUUCAUACAUGUAUAUAGUCAUGUUCAUGUAUAUUUAGGUACAUAUCAUGCUUUCUAUAUAAGUUUGACCUUUAAAUCAUUCGGCUUGCUGUUUACUCCCUUUUGUGGUUUUUAAUCUAAGAAAUUUUAACGUAAGUCUAAACUUAAAAAUGAUUUACAUUUAAAGCUUUAUCUUUGUGCAAUCUUAAGCAUAUGUGUAACGAUCACAAAUGGCAUAGUUUGUCUUAGUUGAUAUUCAGGGCUUUAGAAGCCUUUAUUUCUGAGCUCGGUGAGUGAGUUUAUGAAAUCUGCUGCUCUAGAAAGUAUAGAUGGCCAAAGGACCAUUUUGUAUUGUUUCUUGCCUAACGGUCUGAUUAUACUGUAUGUGCUAAUAUACUCUAUCUUUUUGUUAUAGAUUGUCUUAACGGUAGGUCAAAUAAAAAAAAAACAAACUAAAUAAUUUAAAA